CCAGCGCCGGGCCGCGCGCUGAGAGUCCGCGUCUCGCGAACGCGCCGGGAGCGUCCUCAGACCCAGGAGCGCGCCCCGCGGAUGACAACAAAUUCGUCGCGCCGCUGCGGUGUUGUCCGCCUCAGCCCCUGCCGCCUCCCGGCGCGCUGUCUUGCCCCCUUGCCCUGUGCCGACUAGGAUCCCCGCGGAAGCCCCCGGGUCUGGGGCGACGGGAGCUCCUCUGUCUUGUCCCCGCCAGGCCCAGCGCGAGCGGAGCCAGCGAUGGGGUCGCCCUGAGGGACGCCUGGCGCCGUGAGGGCAUGGAGGGGCCACCGCGGGCUUAGGCCCCGCCGCCGCGGCCUGGGGACGCCGGCCGGGACCCUAGGCCCCGCCGCCGCGGCCUGCAGCCAGAGCCUGGGCCCCGAGGCCCGAGCCGCCGCCGCCCGCAGCCCCCGCCGGCCCAGCUGCCAGCCCUCAUCAUGCCUUGGCCAUUUUCCGAGUCCAUCAAGAAGAGGGCCUGUCGCUACCUCCUGCAGAGGUACCUGGGCCACUUCCUGCAGGAGAAGCUGAGCCUGGAGCAGCUCAGCCUGGACCUGUACCAGGGCACCGGGUCCCUCGCCCAGGUUCCCUUGGACAAAUGGUGUCUCAAUGAGAUCCUGGAGUCAGCAGAUGCGCCUUUAGAAGUCACUGAAGGAUUCAUACAGUCAAUUUCUCUGUCAGUUCCAUGGGGCUCCUUGCUACAGGAUAAUUGUGCACUGGAAGUGAAAGGGUUAGAAAUGGUCUUUCGACCUAGACCUCGCGUAGCAACUGGUUCCGAACCUAUGUAUUGGUCAAGUUUCAUGACGAGCAGUAUGCAAUUGGCAAAAGAAUGUCUUAGCCAGAAACUGACAGAUGAACAAGGAGAAGGAUCCCAGCCUUUUGAAGGACUUGAAAAGUUUGCUGAAACCAUUGAAACAGUACUAAGAAGAGUAAAAGUCACUUUUAUAGACACUGUCUUGAGAAUUGAACAUGUGCCAGAAAAUUCCAAAACUGGAACUGCACUUGAAAUUCGAAUAGAAAGAACUGUAUAUUGUGAUGAAACUGCUGACGAGUCCUCAGGAAUAAAUGUACAUCAACCCACAGCUUUUGCUCACAAAUUACUUCAGCUCUCUGGAGUGUCUCUCUUCUGGGAUGAGUUUUCUGCAUCAGCAAAAUCUUCCCCAGUGUCUUCAGCUGCACCAGUGGAAACUGAGCCAAAGCUGUCACCUAGCUGGAAUCCCAAAAUUGUGUAUGAGCCACACCCACAACUAACGAGAAAUUUGCCAGAGGUAGCACCCUCUGACCCAGUGCAGAUUGGAGGGCUGGUUGGUAGGUUGGAGUUGAGUCUCACUUUGAAACAGAAUGAAGUACUUCCUGGAGCUAAGUUGGAUAUUGAUGGACAGAUAGACUCUAUUCAUCUAUUCCUGUCACCAAGGCAGGUACACUUGCUUUUGGAUAUGUUAGCAGCUGUUGCUGGACCAGAAAAUUCUAGCAAAAUAGGGUUAGCUAAUAAAGAUAGAAAAAAUCGACCCAUGCAGCAGGAAGACGAAUAUCGAAUUCAGAUGGAAUUAAAUCGGUAUUAUUUGAGAAAAGAUUCCCUCUCUGUGGCUGUAUCUUCAGAGCAAAGCUUUUAUGAGACAGAAACAGCUCGUACACCUUCUAGCCGUGAGGAAGAAGUUUUCUUCUCCAUGGCUGAUAUGGACAUGUCCCAUAGUCUUUCUUCUCUUCCACCCCUUGGGGAUCCCCCAAAUAUGGACCUUGAAUUAUCGCUAACUAGUACAUAUACAAAUACCCCAGCAGGAUCUCCAUUAAGUGCUACUGUGCUUCAGCCAACAUGGGGAGAUUUCCUUGAUCAUCAUAAAGAACCGCCAGUGAGAGGGUCCACAUUGCCAUCCAACCUAGUUCACUCGGCACCUUUACAGAAGACCUCUCUCCCAUCUAGAUCUGUUUCAGUGGAUGAAUCCAGGCCUGAACUUAUUUUUAGACUAGCUGUGGGAACUUUUUCAAUCUCUGUGCUUCACAUUGAUCCUUUAUCUCCACCUGAAACGUCAUUGAACCUUAAUCCAUUGACACCCAUGGCGAUAGCUUUCUUUACUUGUAUAGAAAAGAUUGAUCCAGCAAGAUUUUCAACAGAAGAUUUUAAGUCUUUCCGAGCAGUAUUUGCAGAAGCUUGCUCACAUGAUCACCUUAGGUUUAUAGGUACUGGCAUCAAAGUAUCCUAUGAACAAAGACAAAGAUCAGCCUCCCGAUAUUUUAGUACUGACAUGUCCAUUGGGCAAAUGGAACUUUUGGAGUGCCUGUUUCCGACUGAUUUUCAUUCUGUUUCUCCCCACUAUACAGAGCUUUUAAUGUUCCAUUCCGAAGAACGAACUGAUUCCCACCCCCCUGUGUGUCUUCAGCUUCAUUAUAAGCAUUCUGAGAAUAAAGGACCCCAGGGUAAUCAAGCAAGGCUUAGUUCCGUGCCUCAGAAGGCAGAAUUACAAAUUAAAUUAAAUCCAGUGUUUUGUGAGCUGGAUAUCAGUAUUGUGGACAGGUUAAAUUCUUUGCUUCAACCACAGAAACUUACUACAGUGGAGAUGAUGGCGUCUCACAUGUAUACUUCAUAUAAUAAGCAUAUUAGUCUGCACAAGGCUUUCACUGAAGUAUUUCUAGAUGAUUCACAUAAUCCUGCAAAUUGUCGGAUAUCAGUACAAGUUGCCACACCAGCAUUAAACCUUUCUGUUCGCUUCCCGAUACCUGAUCUUCGAUCAGAUCAAGAAAGAGGACCAUGGUUUAAGAAGUCGCUUCAGAAGGAGAUCCUUCAUUUAUCAUUCACAGAUCUAGAAUUUAAGACUGAAUUCGUAGGAGGAUCAACCCCAGAGCAAAUUAAAUUGGAACUUACCUUUAGAGAACUAGUUGGGUCAUUCCAGGAAGAUAAAGGAGAACCAUCUAUUAAGUUUUUCCAAGUGUCUAGUGGAGUAGAUGGAGAUACAGCAUCAUCAGAUGAUUUUGACUGGCCACGAAUUGUACUGAAAAUAAACCCACCAGCCAUACAUUCCAUUUUGGAGAGAAUAGCAGCUGAGGAGGAAGAAGAGAGUGAUGGCCACUAUCAGGAAGAAGAGGAAGGAGGUGCUCAUUCCCUGAAAGAUGUUUGUGAUCUGAGAAGACCAGCCCCGUCUCCCUUUUCUUCUCGAAGAGUAAUGUUUGAAAAUGAGCAGAUGGUGAUGCCUGGAGACCCUGUAGAAAUGACAGAGUUUCAGGAUAAAGCAAUUAGCAACUCUCACUAUGUGCUGGAACUUACGUUACCCAAUAUUCAUUUAACACUACCCAAUAAAGGCUUUUAUGAGAAGCUUUAUAAUAGGAUUUUUAAUGACUUGCUGCUGUGGGAACCAACAGCUCCUUCACCAGUGGAGACAUUCGAAAAUAUUUCUUAUGGUAUUGGGCUCUCAGUAGCCAGUCAGCUGAUUAAUACCUUCAACAAAGAUAGUUUUAGUCAAUUUAAAUCAACAGUACACUAUGAUGAGGAAAGUGGAUCUGAAGAGGAGACUUUGCAGUAUUUUUCUACUGUUGAUCCCAACUAUCGUUCCCGUAGGAAAAAAAAACUAGACUCUCAGAACAAGAACUCGCAGAGUUUUCUCUCAGUUCUUCUGAGUACUAAUCAUGGAUUAAUGUCAGUUUUUACAGAGGUAAAGCAAGAUAAUGGAGAUCUGUUGGAAAACAAGCAUGGUGAAUUCUGGUUAGAGUUCAACGGUGGUUCCUUAUUUUGUGUGACCAGAUAUGAAGGUUUUGAUGACAAGCACUACAUCUGCCUUCAUUCUAGCAGUUUCAGUCUGUACCACAAAGGCAUAGUGGAUGGAGUGAUUCUUCCUACAGAAACACGACUGCCCAGUUCUACCCGCCCACAUUGGUUGGAACCUACUAUUUAUUCCUCUGAAGAAGAUGGCCUCAGUAAAGUUUCUUCAGAUGGUGUUGGAGGAGACGCUAUGAAUAUGCUUUCUGUUGCAGUUAAAAUAUUGUCUGAUAAAUCCGAAUCCAAUACAAAGGAAUUUCUCAUUGCUGUAGGACUGAAAGGAGCCACUCUCCAGCACAGAAUGCUUCCUUCUGGGCUUAGCUGGCAUGAGCAGAUUUUAUACUUCUUGAAUAUUGCUGAUGAGCCUGUUCUGGGAUAUAAUCCUCCAACUUCAUUUACAACUUUUCAUGUUCAUCUCUGGAGCUGUGCCCUUGAUUAUAGGCCUCUUUCUCUGCCCAUCCGAUCUCUUCUCACUGUGGAGACUUUCAGCGUUUCUAGCAGUGUGGCCUUGGACAAGUCAUCUUCUACUCUCAGAAUAAUUUUGGAUGAAGCUGCUUUACAUCUGUCUGACAAGUGUAAUACUGUCACUAUAAAUUUGAAUAGAGAUUAUGUUCGUGUGAUGGAUAUGGGGCUUUUGGAAUUAACCAUAACUGCGGUGAAGUCUGAUUCUGAUGGAGAGCAAACUGAGCCACGCUUUGAGUUACACUGUUCCAGUGAUGUUGUCCAUAUCAGGACGUGCUCAGAUUCCUGUGCUGCGUUAAUGAACCUCAUUCAGUACAUUGCAAGCUAUGGGGACUUACACGCAGCCAACAAGGCGGAGAUGCGGCCUGGAGCUCCUCCAAGAAAGAUGAAGGUAGAUUCCAGUGGUCGAUCAUCCUCACGUGGUCCAGUACUUCCUGAAGCAGAUCAACAAAUUUUACGAGAUUUGAUGAGUGAUGCUAUGGAGGAGAUUGACAUGCAACAAGCUACUUCAUCUGCAAAACCACAAUCUAAUGGUGUUUUGGAUGAAAAAUCUCAAAUUCAGGAGCCGUGUUGUUCAGACCUCUUCCUGUUUCCAGAUGAGAGUGGGAAUGUGUCCCAGGAGCCUGGCCCCACUUAUGCCUCAUUCACUCACCACUUGAUUAGUGAUGCAGUGACAGGUGUGCCCACGGAAAAUGACGACUUCUGCAUUCUUUUUGCACCAAGAGCGACCAUUCAGGAGAAGGAAGAAGAACCAGUUGUAAAAGUAAUGGUUGAUGAUGCAAUUGUGAUCAGAGAGAAUUAUUUUAGUGUGCCUGUUAAGAAGACAGACACAAGCAAAGCCCCGUUACACUUUCCCGUUCCUGUGGUUCGGUACGUUGUUAAAGAAGUCUCUCUUGUUUGGCAUCUUUAUGGAGGAAAAGAUUUUGGAACAGCCCCUCCUACUUCUCCAGCUAAAAGUUAUCAUAGUCCCCACAGUUCCCCUUCUCACACACCCACAAGACAUGGACGUAAUCUGGUAUGUGGGGGAAAAGGAAGAAACCAUGACUUUUUAAUGGAAAUACAGUUAAGCAAGGUGAAGUUUCAGCAUGAGGUCUACCCCCCAUGCAAGCCAGAAUGCAGUUCCAGCCUCUUAGAACACCCAGUCUCCCGGCAGGUGUUCAUCGUGCAGGAUCUUGAAAUUCGAGAUCGCCUGGCAACAUCACAAAUGAAUAAGUUUUUGUACCUGUAUUGCAGUAAAGAAAUGCCUCGAAAAGCUCAUUCCAACAUGUUGACAGUUAAAGCAUUACACGUGCGCCCAGAGUCUGGCAGGUCCCCACAGGAAUGCUGCUUAGGAGUGUCGCUGAUGCCCCUUCGUCUCAAUAUUGACCAGGAUGCCUUGUUUUUCCUGAAAGAUUUCUUCACCAGUCUUUCUACAGAAGUGGAGUUGCUAAUGGCUCCAGAUCCAGAAGUUAAAAGGUCUCCUGGAGCCGAUGUCACCUGCAGUCUGCCAAGGCAUUUAAGCACCUCGAAGGAACCAAAUCUAGUUCUUUCUUUCCCUGGGCCAAAGCUCCCUUCCCAAAAUGGUAGUGCCAAUUCUGUGGAAGUGGUUAAUGGAGAGGAAGAGAAGGACUUCUCAACUGAAGAAGCAUCAUUUACUGAUCAGCCUGUGUUUUUUAGAGAAUUUAGAUUCACAUCGGAAGUUCCUAUUCGACUUGAUUAUCACGGCAAACACGUAUCAAUGGAUCAGGGUACAUUAGCCGGGAUUUUGAUUGGUCUGGCCCAGUUAAACUGCUCUGAACUAAAGCUGAAGAGGCUUUUCUAUCGACACGGUUUGCUAGGUGUUGACAAACUACUCUCAUAUGCAAUCACUGAAUGGCUUACUGACAUUAAGAAGAACCAACUACCAGGAAUCCUAGGAGGUGUUGGGCCUAUGCAUUCACUAGUACAAUUAGUGCAAGGCCUAAAGGACUUGGUCUGGUUACCAAUAGAGCAGUACCGGAAGGAUGGUCGCAUCGUCAGAGGAUUUCAGAGAGGCGCUGCCUCCUUCGGCACCUCAACAGCCAUGGCUGCUCUGGAACUCACCAACAGAAUGGUUCAAACCAUACAGGCAGCAGCAGAGACUGCUUAUGACAUGGUGUCUCCUGGUACCCUUUCUAUCGAGCCCAAGAAGAUCAAAAGGUUUCCUCAUCACCGGUUAGCCCACCAGCCGGUAGACCUGAGGGAAGGCGUGGCCAAGGCCUACAGUGUCGUGAAAGAGGGAAUUACAGACACGGCUCAGACCAUUUAUGAAACUGCAGCUCGAGAGCACGAGAGCAGAGGGGUUACUGGCGCCGUGGGCGAAGUCCUGCGCCAGAUUCCUCCAGCAGUGGUGAAACCUCUGAUUGUUGCCACAGAAGCAACAUCAAACGUGUUAGGUGGCAUGAGAAACCAAAUUAGACCAGAUGUUCGGCAAGACGAGUCACAGAAAUGGCGCCAUGGGGAAGACUGAUGCUUCAGAGGCGGUUCCUUCUGAAGAUAAGGAGGGUGGAGACAAGGAGCAUAGUGGCCCAUUGGCAGCUUUAGAGGGAACUCGUUUAAUUUUAUUUUGCUCAUCUCAGGAACAAAAGCAUUUCUUAGUUAAAUAAUUGAAUAUCGAAAACAACACGCAACCAAACCUCUGGCAUGUUAGGGCUGGCUUGGUACUCGCCUGUAGAAAUGUUUGGUGGCUGGUGUCGAAAGUCCUUAAAGCCUUUGCUGCCAAGUUGGUGGAAUGCUUGCUUUUAUUAAAGUGACUGUGUUCUCCUUGUCGCAGACAAGGUGUCAUUGGAAACCUCCUUUUACAGUACAGAGUGCUAAAAGACAUUUGAACACUUUGAAAGCACUAUUUAUGUGGCUCCAAGGAGUUGAUUUUUCUCAAGGUUUAAAAAGAAUCACAGCUUUGAGACUUUCACUGAGAAUGAGAGAGAGAAGCCACAGGGAGAGCAGAGCAGGCGGGGUGCUCAAUAUAGACAGCGGUGAGGGAAAUAACCUCAUUGUUCGCAUCGUUGCUGCUCGAGAACAGCAUUCUUUCCACGAGCUCAGAAAAUCCUGUGGGAGUUUGAGAAGGUGGAUGUCGCAGACAUGUUCUGUUGUGUUGCACUUUAUCCUCUGUAUGUGUAUGUGUUUUUAGAUUAAUACAAGUCUUGUGCUAUAUUCUUUAUGUAAGGAGGAAGUCUGAAAGUUUUUGGCAAAGGAAGGUAACUCAAAUGUAAUAGCUUUCAUUUAUUUUAAAUGUAAAUGAAAACGUGCAUUCUAUAAUGAACGGGGGCCCAAGAGAUUGUAUGUUCAAUUUUAAGCAGGUGUAGUGCAACUUGUUAGGAAUGUGUGCAAAGGGAGAUUGGAAGUGGUUUUUACUCUAAAAUUAACCAAAAAUCCUCCAAAUAUUCCCUAGUUAACUAUUUCAAAGUACCGUUUUUACUUGCUUAACAAUGUACAUUUUGAUAACCUGUCAGGAAUGAAUAAAGUAUUUUUAUUUAAAGGUAAAAUUGUUUUAUGCUUCCCUGAAUAUUUUGCUUUUCUUAGAGCAUAUUCAUAGAUGCAAUACUAUGAUUUAUCCCAAGAUGCUUGGGAACACUUUCUCAAAAUUGAUUUUGGUUAAUAUCAAGUAAAUCAUUACCUAGGAGUGAGAGGGAAAUUGUUCUCAAAAACCCAAUCCCUGACUGUAGAUUAAUUCAGCAGAAAGAAAACGUAGGACUUUGUAUUCAUCCAUUGUUUAAAACUGCGUGACAUGACUUCUCAUUUUCUAAAGUGGAGGGAGUAUCAUCGAGGUAGAUUUGGAAAAUGAACUACGUUUCAGUUUGGGGUUUGGAAAAUGACGUUGAGUCAGUGUUGUUCUCUAAAGCUCUAAACAAGAAAGCAAUGUAAACCAAAAAUCUGAACAUUUAAAAUGUAUAAAAAUUGUGUUAAAUGGCAUUUAAUUUUCUUUUGUUUCCUUUUAACUGAUGGAAAACUUAAAAGGGCAGUGCCCGGAGGAACUGCCUGUUUAGGCGUCACGGACCACUUGUUACUCUGUCCAGUCCACUGGAGCCCGGAGCCCUCCGUGGGCCCCGAGUCAACACAAGCUCUCGCUGGUUAUUACUGUGAAGGGUCAAGCCUGCCUCUGGGGCCCGUCCUCACUGCCCUGCGCACCGACCCCAGUAUUCUCCUUUUCCUUUACAGUGGAACGUGCUCUGUGUGUUAUCUAUGAUGAUUAAUCAAACUGAAAAAGUUCUUCUCUCUUUAACUUUUACAUAUAUUUCCCAUAGUUAUACUUAGAGCUCGGUUAGGUACAGUAUAGGGAGAAAUAAUCAUCCUCCUGUUCGUAGUCUGAGUUGCAAAUGGUCCCAUCUUUUGACAGAUCAGUUUAUAAACCCCACUUAAACAAAUAGCUUUAUAAUGUAAUCUCCAUGGCUCUUCUCUGUUCUGCCCUCCUGCACCUGCUCUUGAUAGAACCCAUGUUUGGGAACAGAAACCUUGUGUGUCAGAAAGAUUCAGCGUCAGGCUGUAUUCAUUGUCAGUUUAACCAAUAUGCUCUUUACUCGAGGUGUUUCUGUGGAGGACCUAUAUAUAUUUGAAUACUUCUGCAUUAUUAAAUAUCCCUAAUUUUUUCUUUUUUAAAAAUAUCUUUUGUGUUGCAACAACACAGCACAAAGAGUGUUAAGCAUGAUCCUUGGGUUGCCAGAUCUAUAACUUAUCCAGCAGAUGACUUGGCCAAGCCAUUUAAUUUCUCUAAGCCUCAUAAAUGAAGAGUUUCUUCUGACAAAGCCCCACCGAGAUUUUCAGAUGAUUAGGCGUGUGUGCGUGUGUGUAUGUGUGUGUGAAUAAUGGUAUGGGACGUGAUGCUCAGUGGAGUGCCUCGGACCUGUGACACCUCGGACUGGUGGCGUUGUUGAAUGAGAGCUCUCCGCUCACAUCGCACACGGUAGCUGUGGCUCCUUUACGUCCUGGAUCCCGUAGAGGGAUGCGUUUCUGAACGGCCACAGUGCCUGCGCGGUGGACUUUUGAUGUGAUGCUUCUGAAUGGAGUAGACUGCUCGUGUCCAGGUGUUACUGCGUGAGUCCGUGUAGGCAUCUCCCCAAGGAGUCAGGUGAGCAGGCUUGAUCCAGAUCCGGAGCACAUGGUGUUAGCGGAGGGUGUUAGCUCCACCUUACAUCCCAAAUGUAAAGGCAGUGAAGACCAUGGCGAUGUCUUCUCUGGAAGCGGGCUGAUUUGGACCCCGCAGUUUCCCUUCUCGUCUGUCCUAAGAUCGCUCUUACCUACAAGUGAAAUGUCCACUCCACAUUGGCCCUUUGGGAUCUGUGUGAUACACUGUUUCUUCUAGACAUCGUGGCAGUAGACUUUUGCUUUAACAAAAUUUGGGUACAAUUUGGAUUCCCACUUAAGCACAUUUAUUUAACAUCAGUAUUUUUAUAAUGCAAAAUUCACUUUAAGAAAAAAAAAUCUUCCCCUGUAGCAGUGGGCCCAAAAUGGCAAAAAUACUAAAAACCAGUGUUUCCUGCCUCCUGCCGCACGUCACUUCUAAAUGCUAUUAAAGUAUUUCCAGGUUUUAAGGGAAUUCCUUUUACUGUGUUCUGUAGGUUUAGUGCCUCUGUUCAGUUUCCAAACAGCCACAACCACGUCUGCCCUGCGGGGGCUGCUCGUCCAGAGGUGGCAUGUCUCCGCGGGUGUCGUUCGAUUCAGGUUCUCUGACCCCGUGCACUCUCACCAGAGGGACAGACUGCAGGCGGAGCUGAAGUUAAGCAAUUUAAAAUGAGGAAUCCACACUGGUACCGAAUGGUUUCAGCAUUAACAAUUGUCUUAACAUUAAAUUUCGUGUAUGUAAAAAGCUACAUGACUUAAGAGAAAUCAUUUAACUUUGCCUCAGUUUUCUUACACCUGCACUGGGUGUAAUUCUUGAGGAUUGUGGGAAGUGUGGCCGGGCUGGUGUUCUGUAGCGAGCAGUCUUAUUCCCCGUUUCCCUUCACAACCUCCUGAGCUACGUAAGACAUUAGAGAGAAUGUCUAUGAAGUUCUUUAAGUUCCUUGAAAGCAAGGGACUGUGCAACACAAAGAUGCUCUUUUGUAUCUGCAAAUGCAUCAACUGGACAUACCAAUUGGUAUUGAAUGGAAGAAAUCAAAUGUAAAUUUGUGAGUCUUAGGUUAAAAAGGAAAGAUAUUUACAUAGUGUAUAGAUGAUGAAGGAAAAAAAAAGAUUUCUUUCAUUACCAAGAAAUCUUAUUUCUGUUUACUGGAAGAGACAGUCUUUUCAUACAAGAAUGAUCGAGUGCUUUAAUGCCGAUUUUUAUCUCACCAUUUUCAGGAUCAUGCUAGGCACGUUCCCUUUAAUAGACUUUAUAUGCACAGUUGCAAGUCAGCCAGUUUAAAUCAGAGCUAUUUUCCUUUCAUCGUAGUGCCUGCAAAUCAGAGCUAGAAAAGGCAUUCUAACACACCACCAUGAUGGCUGCUUUUGGGACGAGAAAUUUAAGUGAGUUUCAACAAUUCAUAUUUUGCAAUGUCAGCAGUUCUUUAAAACAUAGGUGUUAGAUAUUUUCGCCUCCUAUAACUCUUGGCCCCUUGGUUUCACACACGUUGCUUCACGUAAGCGCCAGUGCUCUCCGCAGAUUCCAAGAACUUGUGAGCGCGAUGUGGGCUCCCCGAUGUCUCUAAUGCCCCGGGUGGUUGGACUAGCAGCCCUCCUGUAAAAAAUGUGUUGACUUUGCUGUUCCACAUGCGUUUUGUACAUAUGAAAUGGCAGCUCCCAAUUUCUAGUCGGAUUUGUCUUACACGGUUUGUAUAGCUUGUCGGUCACACAGGACUAUUUGCUUUGUCACUGCGAAGUUUGGUAGGGGCCCCGAGUUCGCUCUUAGCUUAGUCCCUCCUGACAUGUUGUAGACAUUGAACUGGUGUCACCACAAGUCAAAAGAACAUCCUUGUACACGUUGACUGUCAUUGCUAAGUUUCCCAAUUAAGCUCAUCAUGGAUAUGUGUGAAUACUUUAAGAAUACUGAUGCUGUAUGAAUAUUUUUGUGGAACUGUAACUUGUUAGUCUGAUUAUUUAAAGUAUUAUGAAAUUAAGAAUACGAAAUACUCUUGAAGAAAAUUAAAAUAUUUACCCUUUGGAGUUGACUUGAAA